AUGUGGCUGAAUAUAAGCAAAGAAGAAGACAAUGUAAAAAGUAAAAAAAAUUUUGUGAGCUCAUAUGAAGAAAAUAACACAGAAACAUCUAUAAGUAUAUCUAUUUUAUUAUCAAUAAGUGCAGAUCAAAUUUCAAAAGAGAGUAAACCACCUCAACAUCAAAGAAAUAUUAAAUUACUAGAUCCAACAGAUAAUGACUUAAAUGAUUCAUAUGAAAAAAUAUUUGUUGAGGAUACAAAUGAUGAAUUGCUUGAAAAUUACUCAAAUAUUGAGAAAACUGAUAGUGAAACAGAUAAUGAAGUAGAUAGUGAAAAUGAAUGA